CGUCGCCAAGAAACCAAGAAACAUGAAGAACAAGAACAAGAAGCGCGACGCCGCCUCUCCUCCUCUGUUCGUCAAACCCCAACUCUGCCCGGAAGCAAUUCACCAAUGGGCCAACACCGUCGGCAAGAUCAGCCUCUCUGAUCUGACCGAAAAGGCCAGAGGCCACCUCUCCGCAUUGGGUUGGAAGUUCUGGUACAAGCACAAGUCCAACGACAAGAUGGAGUUGCGCUACCAAUCCCCCACCGGAAAAGUCUUCUACUCUCUUCGGACGGCCUGCAAGGCCUGCGUUGAAGAAGCCCAAGAAGCCAACAAAGGAUUGCCGACCCUAAACCCUAAGGCCGCCCCGCCUAUUGUUGAUGACGGCGACGACUUGAAAGUAGCGUCUUCUCCUGGUAAGCCUAGGAGACCACCAAAGAGGAAGAAGUUAGAAGAGCCGGGUCGGAGUUCGAAGCCGAAAAGGGGCAAGGUUCUUGCGGAUUUGAAGAGAUUGAGAGAUGAGAAGAAGAGGAGUAGGAGUAAUGGGGAUGUUGAGAUGAGGUCUAGUGAUGACAAGAACCACGAUGAGUGCAGUGUGUGUUGUUAUGGAGGCGAGUUGAUUCUCUGUGAUAGGUGUCCCUCUGCUUAUCAUAUAGGGUGUGUUGGUUUGGGUGAGGUGGGAGAUGGGGAUUGGUUCUGUCCUUCUUGCUGCUGCGGGGUUUGCGGUGUCGGAAUAUUGGAGGAUCAUGUUGUGUGUGAGCAAUGCAGGCAGAGGUGUCAUAUUGGGUGUGUGGGAGAGUUAAGGGAAGCUAAGGUGGGUGUGGAUGGGAAGCUGUUUUGUAGUUGGAAAUGUGAAGAUGUGUAUUUGGGGGUUGAUAACAUUUUGGGGAAGGUGAUUGUGGUUGGUGAGGAUAACCUCACUUGGACUUUGCUUAAGUCUGCUUCAGCUUAUGAUGUGGAUAAUUUAACCAAGAACUGCAGGCAGCAUAAAUUGGCUGUGGAGGUGAUGCUCGAGUGUUUUGAGCCGAGUGUGGAUCCUUGCACGAAGAGUGAUGUUGCUCAUGAUGUGAUUUUCAUUAGGCAGAAGAGGUUUCGAGGGUUUUACACUGCGGUUUUGGAGAGGAAUGAGGAGGUGAUUAGUGCUGCUACGGUGAGGGUUUACAGCAAGCUGGGGGAAGUGCCGCUUGUGGGGACUAAGUUUAAGCACAGGAGACUUGGUAUGUGUCGGAUUUUGAUGAGUGAACUAGAGAAACAGCUGAGGAAGUUGGGAGUUGAGAAGCUGGUUUUGCCUUCUGCUCAAAAUUCACUGGAGGCUUGGACUAGACUUGGGUUUUCGAAGAUGACAACAGACGAGACUUUGAGCUUGCUGAAGUAUAAACUGUGGAAUUUCCAAGACACUAUCAUGUGCCAUAAGCUAUUGAAGCAGCCAACGAUUAGUACUGAAUCUGAGUGGUCUCCUGCUGUUGAUAUUUCUACAGUAACGCAAGUCCCGGAAAAUGAUGCAACUGAAGAGGCAUGUACCAUAGAUAUUGAUUAUGAUUUCUUGUUCGAGGAUGAUUGUAAAUUCUCGCAAUGGUACAAAUCUGGAUCAAAAAAGAUUGUGGCUCUUUAA